UUUGCAGAAGACCUAUCACAAAUUAUUCAAGAUUACUGCCGUAUCUCGUUUUCUAAAAGGUUUACACAAUUCGCGGCAGUUCGCUGAGACGCUCUCUCCGAGUAUGGCAGACUACGAUUCUCUUAAUCAGAGUGUAUACGAUGAUUUUAAUACUUCCGAGUUUCAAGUGUCAGAUUGCCCAACCAAGGAAACUGAUUUUACCACAAGUAAAAAUAUCGCUUUAAUAUUUUUUGGUAUCAUCGGCAUCGUUGGUAAUGGAACAGUCUGUAUUUUCGUUCUUUGUUCUAAAACACUACGAAAAAAGUUUACUUACAAGCUGAUCUGCAAUCUAGCUUUAGCCGACUUCGUUGCAUCUACGUACAUUAUUCCACAACCAGUAAUAAAAUACGAACACAAUCUACAAUAUGAAAUACUUUGUCGCAUCCAUGGAUCUAGCUUUCCUCUAUGGGCGAGUUUUGUUGCUUCGGGGAUCUGUUUGCUGAUAAUCACACUGGACCGAUACUGGGCUAUUGUCUAUCCAUUGAGAUACAUCAGUAUUUCGACUUCCCGCUUCAAGACCAAAUUGUACCUAGCUUUACCGUGGGUUUAUGGUAUUUUAUUCCAAAACUUUUGUGUAUACACCGUUAAAGUUGACGAAUGCGGAUAUUGUGUAUUAGCAGACACUGACCGAGUUUCAAUGGGUAUCAUUGGAUUCUGUACAUUCACGUUCACGUAUCUUCUACCGAUAAUAGUCAUCCUCUUUCUCUAUCAAAGAAUUCUUACGAACUUAAGAUCCAUGAAAGCGAGCAUGAAGAGUUUCAGUCAACGGGGAGUGGCGAAAUCCCUGUCAAAAACUCAUAAUAAACUCGUUAAAAUAUUUUUGUUUAUUGCGAUAUUUUACACUGUCACAUGGGCUCCUGAUCAAAUCAUGUUCUUUGCUUACACACUAGGAGCAUCUGUGUAUAAAGGAACUGUGUAUAAUGAAGUCAUAGUCUUAAUGGCGUACAUGAAUAGUAUAAUGAAUCCUUUUGUUUAUGCAUACAGCAAUGAUAAAUUUCGAAAUCGCGUUUGCAUCUGGCGUAGAGGUAAGCAGAGUGCUAAGUCAGAUAACAUGUCCACGAGGAAUACACAUCUAGAUAGCAGCAGAGUCUCGAUGUCCGUCAUUGCAUCUCCUGUAAAUUCAAAUAUAAACGUAUCGCAAAUGUCAUUAGCAACUACAAUCUCAAAAAUACAAGAUUCGCAUUCGCCUCAAAGUAUUGACGAAUCUGGUUGACCAACUGAACACUUUUCGAAAUAAAAGCAAACAACGUAAAUAUAAUUUUUGCAAGGACUAAACAAAAGCAGACACCAUGACCUCGUGUAGACCUGUUUUAAGUUCUCUAAAGUUAGUUUACAUUAGUGGUGAGAACGAAGGCAUGGUAAAAUGUAAAAUUUAGUAUGUAAUUAAAAUCUGGUAGGGCCUAUGUAAUUUCGUAUUGUUUGAUGCAUUCAUGUGUAAAAUAAUAUAGCCCUAGCGUGUGGGAAUUAUGUAAAAGCACGUGGCACAGAGUCCAGUCGAAAGAUCAAUGCCGGGAAUGGAAUACUCGCUAGAAUGUAUCCACAUUCUCUCUCUACUCAAGAAUAGGCCUAGACAUUUUCAAAGUUGGCGUAAUGAUUUGCUCCAGUACUAAACAAAAACAGCUCCAUGUCCAAACGUAAGACCUGUUCUGAUUUCUCUUAAGUUAUUACAUUGAUGGUGUGAACCAAGACAUGGUAGAAUGAAAACAUUUGGCAUGUAAUAUUGUAUUGUUUGAAGCAUUCAUGUGUAAAAUAAUUAUGUAAAAGCACGUGGCACAUAAGUAAAGCUGUACUUCCAGUCGAUAUCAUUGGUCAUGGAAUUGAUUACUAAGAGUCCUCAAAUGUACUAAUAAUCUCAGGGGUAAGACUCUGAAUCCACAUUCUCUCUCCACCAAACAAUAGACAUUAUUAGUUCAAAUUUGGCGCAAUGAUUUGCGCCAGGACUAAACAAAAACAGCCACCAUGCCCCUGUAUAUAAGACCUGUUCUGAUUUCUCGUAUGUUAGUGUACAUUUUUCUAGUGGUGUGAACAAAGACAUAGUAGAAUGUAAGCGUUUUUAAUGCAAUUUUAUUGUUUGAAGCAUUCAUGUGUUAAUUAUUAAAGAGUUGUGAUGUGUAUGACCAAGUCCACAGUUUGAAAGAUAUACUGGCAGGUAAAUAUAAUAAUACCACAUACAUUAGGCAUAGACUUUACAUUCACCCAAUUUAGAAACAGCCGUACCUUUACAAAAUAGACAAGGCCUAACGCUUCAUUACAACAGCGUUCACUAUUUAUUUCAAGACCGUACAUUUAAUAUAAAUACCUUGAAUCUGAAACUUGUUAUUACCACUACCUUGAAACCUUGGCCUAUAUAGACAUUUACAUUGGAUUGUAUAAUACAAUCUGCUUUCUCGGGUAAUACUUUCGCAAUAAACUACAUAGUAUUAAUGGGUAAGACUACUAUAUUGUGUGUGGUUGUAAUCCCACACUCGUCUCUAUUGGUAAUGUAGUCUUUUAAAUAUGUUGUUGCUUGUAUAAUGUUAUAUUGUCUGUGAAAUAAAUAAUAAAAUUCAAUUUUGUAAUUAA